AUGUGGAUUUCCCUCUGCUCGGCACAUGAAGACUCCACGCCCUUCUUGCCCAACAGAACAUCAUCUGAGGUCACUGUGACGUAUGGAAGAUGGUGGGACUUCUCAAGAAGCUUCUUGGACCCUAAUGGCACCGUAAGAAAAAAGAGAAGAGCCAUGGGAAUAGUUUGGCUGUGGAUGGCCUGUCUUCUUGGCCUGGCAGCUUCUCUAGAAGAAAUUCUUUUGGAUACGACGGGGGAGACGUCUGAGAUUGGCUGGACUGCGCAUCCUCCUGACGGGUGGGAUGAGGUGAGCGUGUUGGAUGACAAAAAGCGGCUGAUCCGUACCUUUGAAGUGUGCAACGUCGGGGAUCCGGGCCAGAACAACUGGCUCCGCACGCACUUCAUAGAGCGGCGAGGCGCCCGCCGGGUCCACAUCCGCCUCCGCUUUUCCGUGCGCGACUGCGCCAGCAUGAGGAACGUGGCCUCGUCCUGCAAGGAGACCUUCACUCUUUACUACCACGAGGCGGAGGCUGACGUCGCCACUCCGGAGCACCCCGAGUGGCAGGAGGGGCCGUGGACCAAAGUGGAUACAAUUGCGGCCGACGAGAGCUUCUCGCAGGUGGACAGCACCGGGAAGGUGGUGAAGAUGAACGUGAAGGUGCGCAGCUUCGGUCCACUCUCCAAGCCAGGGUUCUACUUGGCCUUCCAAGACUCGGGGGCGUGCAUGUCCUUGGUGGCCGUCCAGGUCUUCUUUUACAAGUGCCCGACGGUGGUGAAGGGGUUUGCCUCCUUCCCGGAGACGUUUGCCGGAGGGGAAAGGACAUCGUUGGUGGAGGCGCUAGGGACUUGCGUGGCUGACGCGGAGGAGGCGAGCACCGCCGGCUCCUCUGGGGUGCGGCUGCACUGCAACGGGGAAGGCGAGUGGAUGGUAGCCAUCGGGAGGUGCGCCUGCCGGGCUGGCUACGAGCCUGCGGAUGACGAGAGAGUCUGCAAAGCUUGCGCUGCUGGCACCUUCAAGGCAUCUGUGGGGGAUGCCCCCUGCAGUCCGUGUCCUCCCCACAGCUAUUCUUCCACGCCGGGCUCCAGCGAAUGCGCCUGCCUAGCCCGAUACUACCGUUCGUCUUUGGACACCUCCGAUGCCCCCUGUACCAGCACCCCCUCGGCCCCACGUGACCUCAGCUACGAGAUUCUCGGCUCCAACGUCCUCUUGACCUGGCGUCUCCCCAAGGACCUGGGUGGCCGGAAGGACGUCUUCUUCAACGUCAUCUGCAAAGUGUGCCCGACGGGAUCCCCGGGGCCUUGCGUGCGUUGCGGGGACAGCGUCCAGUUUGAGCCGCGCCAGGUGGGGCUGACGGAGAGUCGGGUGCAAGUCUCCAACCUCCUGGCCCGCGUGCAGUACACCUUUGAGAUCCAGGCUGUCAACCUGGUGACGGAGCUGAGCCCCGACGCCCCCCAGUAUGCUGCCCUCAACGUUAGCACCAGCCAAUCAGUCCCUUCGGCUGUUCCCAUGAUGCACCUGGUGAGCCGCACAAUGAGCAGCAUCACCUUGUCUUGGCCGCAGCCGGACCAGCCAAACGGGAUCAUCUUGGACUAUCAGCUGCGCUAUUUCGACAAGUCAGAAGACGAGGACAACUCUUUCACGGUGACCAGUGAGACAAACAUGGCCACCAUCUCCAGUCUGAGCCCGGGAAAGAUAUACGCCUUCCAAGUGCGAGCCCGGACUGCGGUGGGUUAUGGGCCCUACAGUGGAAAGAUGUAUUUCCAGACGCUGGUGGGAAGUGAGCGCUCCGUGAUGGUGCAUGACCGACUGCCUCUGAUUGUGGGUUCAGCUCUUGGGGGUCUCGCCUUCCUGGUCAUCGCCGCCAUCGCCAUCCUCGCCAUUGUCUUCAAGAGCAAGCGGCGAGAGACUCCCUAUACGGAUCGCUUGCAGCAGUACAUCAGCACCAGGGGCCUUGGGGUCAAAUACUACAUCGAUCCCUCCACCUACGAAGAUCCCAGUGAAGCUAUUCGGGAAUUUGCGAAGGAAAUUGACGUGUCUUUUGUCAAGAUCGAGGAGGUCAUUGGAUCAGGAGAGUUUGGAGAGGUGUGCUUCGGGCGCCUGAAACCUCCAGGAAAACGGGAAUACACAGUGGCUAUUAAAACCUUGAAGGCAGGCUACACGGACGAGCAGCGUCGGGAAUUCCUGAGCGAGGCCAGCAUCAUGGGACAGUUUGAGCACCCGAACGUCAUCCGCCUGGAGGGCGUGGUCACCAAGAGCCGCCCCGUCAUGAUCGUCACAGAAUUCAUGGAGAACGGGUCUCUGGAUUCCUUCCUCCGGCAAAAGGAAGGGCAGUUCAGCGUGUUGCAGCUGGUGGGAAUGCUGCGGGGCAUAGCCGCCGGCAUGCGUUACCUUUCGGAUAUGAAUUACGUCCACCGGGACUUGGCUGCCCGAAACAUCCUGGUCAACAGCAACCUGGUUUGCAAGGUGUCCGAUUUUGGAUUGUCGAGGUUCUUGGAGGAUGACGCCUCAAAUCCCACAUACACAGGAGCCCUGGGUGGCAAGAUCCCGAUUCGCUGGACGGCCCCAGAAGCAAUCCAGUAUCGCAAAUUCACAUCCUCAAGUGAUGUCUGGAGCUACGGCAUUGUGAUGUGGGAGGUCAUGUCUUAUGGUGAAAGGCCCUACUGGGACAUGUCAAAUCAAGACGUUAUUAACGCGAUCGACCAGGAUUAUCGCCUGCCCCCUCCCCCGGACUGCCCCACCGUCUUGCACCUGCUGAUGCUGGACUGUUGGCAGAAGGAACGGGUCCAGAGGCCCAAAUUUGAGCAGAUCGUGAGUGCCUUGGACAAGAUGAUCCGCAAGCCGUCCGUCCUCAAAGCCACCGGCACCGGCAACAGCAGGCCAUCCCAGCCUCUGCUGAGCAACUCGCCCCCUGAUUUCCCGUCCCUCACCAAUGCCCACGAGUGGCUGGACGCCAUCAAAAUGGGUCGCUACAAGGAGAACUUUGACCAGGCUGGCCUGACAACCUUUGACGUCAUCUCCCGCAUGACUUUAGAAGACAUCCAGCGUAUCGGCAUCAGCUUGGUGGGUCAUCAGAAGAAGAUCCUCAACAGCAUCCAGCUCAUGCGGGUUCACCUCAACCAGCUCGAACCCGUCGAGGUCUGAUGCAUGGCGCGUCCUU